UCCCCCGUCAAUUUCAAGUUCAGAGUUAUCGCACCGGGAGAAACCAUUUGCAUUAUUUUUUUUCCCGCCAUGGGAGACAUGGAAAUAGACACAGCGGAAAAUCUUCAAAGGAAACAGUCUCUAUAUCAAAAUCUGGAUGAGGGAUUCGGGAUUCAGAAAGAGCAAUACAAAGGUCAGCAAUACAGUCAAAUUUACUUCGCUCGCCUCCAUCAUAUGAGAAUUCUUCUCUAUUCACUCGUUGAGAAAUGGAAACCUCAUCUGCCGGUAUGUAAGGUUUUGGGACUUGAAGAAGGCAAAGAAUGCAUUAUUGUUGGAACUCUGUACAAACAAAUGAAGCUCAAGCCUACUAUUCUGGAUGAGUACUCUAAGGAGAGAUCUGCGGUUCCUCUUGUUAAACCACAUAAUUUCAUCCAUCCUGAUGACUACCUUGUUUUGGAAGAUGAGAGUGGAAGAGUUAAACUUGGUGGGACUUUUGUUGAACCAUCUUUGUUUGUGACAGGAGUUGUGGUGGCUCUGCAUGGAAGGGAAACCACCGCUGGUGAGUUUUUGGUUCAAGAUAUCCUUGAAGCUGGCCUACCAACCCAAAUAGGGCUUCCACUAAAUUCAAGAGAAGACAAGUAUGUCGUUUUUGUAUCGGGCCUGAGUGUUGGGAGCAUCACAUCUAACCCUCUUCAAAUACAGCUUCUUGUUGAUCAUAUUACUGGACAUUUAGGAGAUGAAAAGGAGCAAAGCAUUGCAUCUCUAAUUGUUCGUGUAGUUAUUGCUGGGAAUUCUGUUGAAAUUCCACAUGGACUUCUUAAUGGACAGACACUGGCCUCAAAGGAUCAGUCCAGGCUGUCUGAGCCAGUCAAAGAGCUUGAUAUCUUGUUAACUCAGCUUGCUGCAGCAGUACCUGUGGAUAUCAUGCCAGGGCCCAACGACCCAGCCAAUUUCUCCUUACCUCAGCAGCCUUUGCAUAGAUGCCUUUUCCCUGGGGCAUCAGCUUAUAACACUUUCAUAUCAUGUACAAACCCUCAUUCUUUUGAGGCUGACAAUUUCAGAUUUCUUGGAACAUCAGGUCAGAACAUAGAUGACCUUGGUAAGUACUCAGAAGCAAAAAGUAAUCUUGAUUUUAUGGAGAGGACAUUAAGGUGGAGGCAUCUAGCACCAACAGCACCUAACACACUUGGAUGCUAUCCCUUCACUGAUAGGGAUCCUUUCUUCAUUGAGAACUGUCCCCAUGUAUACUUUGUUGGUAAUCAGAGUAAAUAUGAGACUCGUUUGUUUAGAGGAGCAGAAGGACAGAUGAUAAGACUCAUUGCAAUUCCUAAAUUCUGUGAGACUGGGUUUGCUAUUGUGCUAAAUAUGAAGAAUCUUGAAUGCCAUGCUCUCAGUUUCUCAACGAACUUGGACUAGUAGUAAAUGAGUUCCCAAAAAUGGCUUACAAUGUCAAUGUAUGGACGGACUGUCAUGGAAAUUCAGAACCCAUUAUUGAAGAGUAGUUAUGACUCUUACCAUCAGUCAUGGGUACCAUAGUAUUAUGUGAAAGUCCCAGUUUCUAUUGUGAUGAUCCGUCCCCUUUGAUGCAGAUAACAGAAUUAGGCUUAUUUUAGUGGAAAUAAGCCUUGGGUUGGGUUAUAUAUGUGUUGGGCCUUUAGUCCAAUAGGGUUUCUUUAUGAUAGGCCAUUUUAAUGAGCCUCGAAUAUGGGUAGAUGGCUGGAUUACAGGA